AUGUCGGAACGUAAGGUGCUCAACAAGGUAAGCGCCCCGUUCUCUCUGCUGGACCCCACCCCACCCCGACCCCGACCCCGACCCCGACCCCCAGAAGCACCGGCUGACUCGACCACAUUGUCCUCCCACCCACAGUACUUUCCCGCGGACUUUGAUCCUUCAAAGGUAGGCGAUCGACCCUAGGCUCGGCUCUCCCCUCUUGUCGGGACCUUUCCACUGAGCUCCCACGCCCUCUGGACGCUCUCUCCAGAUCCCUCGGCGAAAGAUGCCCAAGGACAAGCAACAGGUCGUCCGUCUGAUGGCCCCCUUUUCGAUGCGCUGCACGACCUGUGGCGAGUACAUCUACAAGGGCAAGAAAUUCAACGCGCGCAAGGAGACCGUCUUGGGCGAGGAAUACUAUGGGAUCAAGGUGAGCUGACGCGUUGCCCCGUCCGUCCAAAGGCGAUUGCUGAUGCGUGUGAAGCUACUUGCGUAGAUCUUUCGGUUCUACAUCAAGUGCACGCAGUGCUCGGCCGAGAUCACGUUCAAGACCGAUCCAAAGUAAGCUGGUCGGGUGAGAGCGGCACUGGACAUCGACCAAUCUUCUUUCUCGGAGCCAACCUAGAAUCUUUCCCUCCUUCAGAAACUCCGAUUACCAAGCCGAACACGGUGCCCAACGCAACUUUGAACCCUGGCGAGCCGAACCACUCAAUACCGAUCCCAACGUCGACCGUUUGACCGAACUCGAGGAAGAGGAAUCCAACGCGAUGGCCGAGCUGGAAUCGAAAGCGAUCGACUCGAAGCGCGAGAUGGACAUCCUCGACGCGUUGCAGGAACUGAAAGCCAAGAAUGCGAGGAUCGAACGAGCGGGAAGGAAGGACGGCAUUGCGGACAAGGCGUUGGAUCGGGUCACGACCAUGGUCGAGGUCGGGGAUCGGGACGUGAGACGCAAGUUGACAGAGUACGAGCAGGGCUUGAAGAGGCAGGAAGAGGAGGACGAACAGGAGAUUAGAAAGGUAUUUGGGAGGACCCAUGUGGGCGGAGUACCGGAUAUCGAGCUGGAGGAAGCGGCGGCGUUGUCAUCUUCUGGUUCGGAAGCCGGGGAUAGUCCACAAACACCGAGGGAUGGACAAGAUGUUGGUUCUGGGUUCGCUGUGUCAAGUCCUUCCACCACACCAGCAUCUACAACAACUUCGAUCAAGCGUAAAUUGGACCAAGUCGAACCGACGCCUGCAUCCUUGCUAUCGGCCGAACAUCGGGAUUUCGUCUCCAAGGCGGGCACGAUGAAGCCACCUCCGAUGAAGAAGAAGGGCAAGAGCAGCGAUCGGAUGGCGGCGAUGUUGGGCAUCAGGGUCAAGAAGUAG